CAAGCAAUGAACCUUCAAGCAUCCCCAGAAGGGCAAAGCCCCUUUCACAAGCUACUCCUAGACUUAUCCCAAGUUGAACAAAUAGAGGAAGAUUUUGGAGAAAUCGUUACGAAAAAUAGCAAAGAAAACUCACCUCACAAAAAGAGCUUUCUCAAUUGAUUCACAAAUUGAGAAAUUUCACAUAUUCCAGACGCAAAUGAACAUUUUACACCGAAUUUUAGAAAUCCUCAAGAAAUUGAAGCAACUGAUGAUAGAAGCCAAUUAGAACUCAGUGGUUGUAAGGACAACUUCUCUAUAGCAGAUAGCUUGCUUAAAUCUGCUCAGAAAUGCUCGAAGAACCCUCAAAACUCGGAUUGGAAAAGUGACCAGAAUGAUGAAUUAUUUCCACAACCUCUUAAAGCUCACAAACUUGCAUUAAAGCCUUCUGAGAAUUCAAAUUUUCUAAACAAAGAAAAUUGAAAUCAAUUUUUCAGCUUCAAAGAUACCGAACCAGUUGACAUCAAGGCUGAAGAACCAAAGAAAAGAUCGUUCACCAUAAAAGCAGUCGUUCAAGUGCCAAUGAAAUCUCGUAAGAGAAAGGCAGUCCAACCUAUGACCAAAUAAGGCAUCUGGUAAUUUCACAUCUGAGUUUGAUUCACUCCUCCAAAAUCUCAGAAUGAAGACUACUCAACCAAUUUGUACUGCUAAGCUAAAGAAUAAAAGGAACACUAAGGAGAGGUUUAAAAUGACCUCAAGAAUUAAUUAAUCCCCAAAGUGGGCCUGUCACUGUGGAUAUAAUUAAAAAUUAGGAUCAAAAACUGUUUCACAAAU